AUGAUCUCUCGGCCGUCCGGAUUGGACAAGAGGGACGACGGAGGGCAGCACAAAGGUGCUGCUCUCCCAUUGGCUGAGGGGGACAGCCUGGACAGCGUUUGGUCCCGCCCCCUCAGACCUCCUGCUGUUGGUCACGAUGACAGCCACAGGAAAUUGGGGCCUGGUUGCCAUGACGAUAACAGGAAGCAGGCGGCAGGGCUCCCCCAACCGGACGCUUUGGGGCGGAAUAUAGUCAACAUCAUGCAGGUCAAGAAAAUUAUCGCGCUCGCCGACCUGCCCUUUGAUACUGUGGAGAAGCCCACAUCUCCUCCUCCCUCUGUAGCCCGUCCUCCUCCAUCUGUAGCCCCUCCUCCUUCUGUAGCUCCUCCUCCCCCUGUAGCCCCUCCUCCUCCUUCUGUAGCUCCUCCUCCCCCUGUAGCCCCUCCUCCUCCUUCUGUAGCUCCUCCUCCCUCUGUAGCCCAUCCUCCUCCUUCUGUAGCCCCUCCUCCUCCUUCUGUAGCUCCUCCUCCUUGCUCCUGCUCCUGCUCCUCCUCGGUGGUCCUGUCGUCCCUGCAGCGCCUCCUGUCGGCUCACAGGAGGGAGGUGCGCCUCCUGCUGCGCUCCUCCCUCUCUGCUCUGUCCUCCUCGCUGUCGUCUGUCAGUCAGAGACUGGAGCGCCUGGAGACGAGGAGCAGGAGGAGGAAGAGGAGGAGGAGGCGCAGAAGACACUCACAACAAGCCUCCGCCUCCUCCCCCCGCGACCCGCCAAGCACCCAGGAAGGCUCCUCCUCCUCUUCCUCUUCUUCCUCAGACGACGAGGAUUUCGACCAAUCAGGAGGCACGAGGAGGCAGCGACUGCAGAGAGAAGAAGAGGAGGAUGAUGGCAGACAAAGGAGGAAGAGGGGGAGAAAAAAGGAGUUUCCUGGCCAAUCAGAACACUCCGUUGUAGGCGUUUCCCCGCCCCCUCUGUCACAGCUUCUCUUCAGCCAAUCAGAGGUGGAGAAGCUGGUUGUUGCCGGGCGGAAUGGGACGACACUGCUCAUCCAAAGCGGCAGCAGCCAAUCAGAUCCCCUCCUCUUCUCCACGGGCCAAUGGCGUUUCUCCGCCUGCCCUCCCUCUUUACCCCUCUCCCUCUCGUCCAAUCACAUCGCUGCUUCUGCUUCCUCCCGCCGCUUUCUUCUGGGCCACACCCCCCUGUUGCGCCUCGCCCCUGUUGCCGUGGAGAUGCUGCUGCGGCUGAGGGGCGGGGCUUGUGGCAGGCCCCUCCCCCCUCUGAGAGACUGCACGGCUCCGCCCAGCCUGCAGAACGACCACUGCUAUUUCCGUUUGUGUCCACCAAGUCCGCCUCGUUCUGCCCGGCGACAGCGGAAGCCGCUGGCCAAUCACAGCACGCGGAGCCUCCGCUGCCGGCGUCGGCCCCUCCCCCCGCCUCUCCCUGCCUGCUCGACCAAUGGCGUGGCUCCGCCUCGCCGCCAGGACAGCGGCCAGUUGCCGGGCGGAAAAGGCGAGAGAGUGUCAGAGAUCCGGAUCAACCGGGCCACGCCGCGGGAGACGCCGCUGUUCACGCCCCUGGGCCUGCCCAAGGCCAGGAGGCUGCAGAAGAAGGAGUUCAGCCUGGAGGAGAUCUACACCAACAAGAACUACAAAUCCCCCCCGGCUAACAGUCUGGAGACGAUCUGGGAGGAGCCUCGGAGGGAGAAGGACGGCUCGCUGCUGCUGAUUGGUCAGCAGAGGAGGCGCAGGCUCCUCCUCUUCCCCGACUUCACGCAGCCACGAAAGAGGAGGAGGACGCUGGCCACACCCACCGCCGCACAGGGGGCGGGACUUCUUGUCACUGCAACGCCCCGCAAACGUCGUCGCCGUUGUCAUGGCAACCCUGACGACGACGAGGCGGACCUGGAUGUGAUGCUGGUGGAGCGACUGAGCGCGCUCGAAGACUUCCUGUCCCGCCAGGGCCUGGACGUCUGAGCUGUGAUGUCACUUCCUGUCACCACCGCUGCUGCUACUUCCUGUGUCUUUUUUUUUUUUUUUUUUUAUGUUGUGAACAUUAGCGCUAGCCUGCUAGCUAGCAUUCCACUGGACCUGACAGCCGCUGCGCUGCGGCUAGCCUCUUGUUGCCACGGCAACAUCAACAUGGGCGAGUCAUUCAGUUUUUCAAAAAGUUUUUCUUUUUUUCUUUUUGGGGGAUUUAAAAAACAAAGUUUACAAAAUAAAAGUCAGAUCUGCAAAUUCCUGCGUCUCAGGUUUUUCAGAAAUCACAAAAGAGUUGGAGAAGAAAUUUUACGAAGAGGAAAUGUGACGUUUUGCUGUUUGCUUUGGUGGUUUUUCAAAAUCAAAGUGUUUUGGAAGAUGUGACGUUUUUUUUUUUUUUUUUUUAAACCCCUUCAUAUUUUUGUUGGGCGCUGUGAAACUUUAAACUUUAAAACUCAGUAAAAAACAAAUAAACUUGUAGACUUGCAACUUGCUUUUCUUUUUCUUUGGUGAUUUUUUUUCAGAAUAAAAGUGCUUUGUGAAGAUGUGAGCUGUGACCCCGCUGAGCUCUGAUUGGCUCCCUGUUUUAGGCUGAUGUUUGUUUGUUUGUUUUUCCUCCAGUAUAUUUUCUUUGUAUUUUUUUUUUACAGUGUAGCAGUGUGUAACAAUGUGAACUUUUGGGCUUUUGUUUUGGAAAUCAUAAAAAGACCCUGGUCUUCUUCCUCAAAGUGCUGGGGAAGACGUGACCUUUGACCCUGUUAGAUCCCAUUUUUAGUUGGAAUUUUAUCUUGAAAUUAAGUUUUUAGAUGUUUUCUUCUGUUUUGUAAUAAUCAAACAAUAAAAAAAUCCACAUGUAGCAAAUAAAAAAUACUGAUGAAAAAAUGUCCACAUACACACACAUGCAGAUUGAAAGCACUUGUAGUAUUUGUAGACUUUUAUUUUGAAGUAUGUGAAUUAUAAUAUAUUUCUGCAUUGAAAUGUUUCUAUUUUUGGAACAAAUAAAGUUUUGUGUUUGGAAACGAGUCACAGCCUCAUUUACACAAAUUAAACUCUGAGCUCCAAACCUCA